AUGGGGGAAAGGGCUAACCUGACAGAUGAUCUGAAAAUUCUACGGGAUAUGUACCCUGAAAUGAAGACUUGUAAUGAUUCUCACAAUGAAAUAAUGGAUAGUUCAAAAGUAACUGGUAUUUUGCCCUUCAAAGUCUCGCUUCCAGAAGAUAUAACUGUAACAUACAAUGAUCAAAGGCUAGUACUUUCGGAGCUGACGGAGGACUCGUUAAAGUUUACAAUUGAUAGUACUCUAUAUCCAGAUUUACGUCGUGGGAUAAAAUUUACGAUAGAAUCCCAAUGGAUGUCGCAGAGAGACCAGGAAAAAAUCCGCGAUGCCAUUUACCAAGAGUUUGGUGUCUUCACAGACUCCAGUUUAGAUACUUUUGAGCCUUCAACGCCAACUCUGAUGCUAUUAUUUGGUUUUCUGACCAGUGAUAUAGCCAAAGAAUUAUUUGAUUGCAAUGAAAGACACUGCAACUCGCAGGAAGAGUUUAAAUUAUUUGCAGCGAUUAGUUCUGUCAUAGAAAGAGAAAAGAUGGAAAGAAGUAACUUUGAUUGUUGCAUAUGCAUGGAGACGAAGAAAGGUAGCAAGAUGAUAGCUUUACCCUGUGGUCAUCUCUUGUGCUUGCUUUGUACAAAGAGCUAUUUUAAAGCGUUAAUCGAGGAAGGGAAUUUGACCCGAGUCAGAUGUCCAGAAUGCGAGUACCAAGAGCUAGAUUUGAACAAGUUACAGAGCUAUAGCGAGAUCAAGAAGGUCAUUUUUGAACCAACAAUUCCGCUAGAUUUCUUCAAAGGUAUAUUAUGCGAUGAGAUAUGUCUGCGAUACGCUGAUUUAUUCUAUUCUCAGGCUGCCUCGAAGCUUUCACAACACUGUCUAUACGCGUGCGUUACAUGCAGACGAUGUAAUAAAUGGUGUGUCAAAGAAGAUCUGAAUGAUUCGAUGAUAGAGUGCAAAAGCUGUGAAUACGUAUUUUGUUUCGACUGCUUACAUUCAUGGCACGGUUAUGUUAACAGGUGUGGUAAGAAGGUAGAAAUGCCUAGGAAUGUCAUCGAGGAAUAUGUGGAGUUGAUGGAUACCGUCAGUGAACGUAAAAGGGCUCUGGAAGCCAAAUACGGUAAGAAGAUUAUCGAGCAUGAGGCCAAGGACUUUUUAGCCGAACGAAUGCUUGACUUGGCCGUAGAAGAAGAGGGAUCCGACUUGCAAAGGUGUCCCAAGUGUCGAACAGUGGUCCAGAGAAGCGAGGGUUGUAACAAGAUGAAAUGUGCCAUCUGCGAUACAAUGUUCUGCUACCUGUGUGCAGUGGAUCUAUACCCUGAGGACCCAUAUGCCCAUUUCAAAAAUCCCAAAUCAGGAUGCUACGCUCGUUUAUUCGAAGGAAUGCCAGGAGCUAGUUAA